AUGAAUAGCGAUGACGAUUCCGUAUUUAAUGAUGAUUUAAACGACUCAGAAAUAACUAAUCUUAUCCACAAUAUCCCUCUGUCGCUGUCUCUGUGUCUGUCCCUGAAGAAUAAGUUACAAAGGAAUCUAUACGGAGAGAUAAUUCCUGAGCAGUACGUUGAAAUUGAUUCAUCCAAAGGUUAUACAGAGUUACCUCCUACACACCAUGCCCUUAAUUAUGAAAAUUUAUCCUCAUAUAUUUAUCCCACAAACUUUGAAGUUCGUGAUUAUCAAUUCAACAUUGUGCAGCGUGCGUUCUAUGAUAAUUUAUUGGUUGCAUUACCUACGGGUUUAGGUAAGACAUUUAUUGCUAGUACUGUUAUGCUCAAUUUUACUCGAUGGUUUCCUCGGGGCAAGAUCAUCUUCAUGGCUCCCACAAAGCCAUUGGUAGCUCAACAGAUUAAAGCAUGUUGUGGGAUUACGGGUAUACCAACUUCAGAAGUGGCGAUUUUGUUGGACAAAUCCAGAAGAAAUAGAGCAGAUAUAUGGGAUUCGAAGACGGUGUUUUUUACUACACCUCAAGUGGUUGAAAAUGAUUUGACAGCGGGUAUUAUUGACCCGAAAGAGGUUGUUUUAUUAGUGAUUGAUGAAGCUCAUAAGUCUAAAGGUAAUUAUGCUUAUAAUAAUGUUGUGAAAUUUAUAACGAGGUUCAAUAUUUCGUUCAGAAUCUUAGCUUUAACUGCUACACCUGCUUCUGAUGUUGAAGGUGUUCAAGAAAUCAUUGAUAACCUUUCAAUCUCAAAGGUUGAGGUCAGAACAGAACAGAGUAUUGAUAUCACUAAAUAUAUGAAACAAAAGAAAAUUGAAAGAGUAACUGUCUCACCCUCGGUAGAGAUUUGUGAGCUUGUUGAUAUGUUAUGUACUGCAAUUCAGCCCGUGUUAUCGAUGGCAAAUGAGCGAAGAAUAUAUGAUAUGAGUGAUCCACUGAAAAUUAAUGCCUUUCAAGUUAUUGACGCCUCCCAAAGAUUAUUAAAGAACCCAACUAUACCAGAGGGUCUAAAAUGGCAGAACUAUUUCAUUUUACAAAUUUUGAACGUAGUAGGUCAAGCUUUGAGAAGGUUAAAUAUAUAUGGAAUAAAAUCAUUUUAUAACUAUUUUGACCAAAAGCAUAAGGAGUUUACAAUAAAAUUUAAAAAUAAAAAGUCAAAUAAUCAAACAGCUGCCAGGUUUUAUUUUCACGAUAAUAUUAAGUUAAUACUUGAUAAAUGUAAAGAGUUAAUUGCAGAUGAUAAUUUUCUAGGUCAUCCCAAGCUUGAAAUUUUAAUCAACGAAUUAGAUGAAUUCUUUAAGGAAAAUGAAGCAAAUGAUUCUAGAGUAAUUAUUUUUACUGAAUUUAGAGAAUCUGCUCUAGAUAUUGUAAGUUCGAUUGAAAGGAUAGGAAGUAACUUAAGACCUCAUAUUUUCAUCGGUCAGUCUAAAGAAAAAGAAAAAUUCGAUGAAGAAGCAUAUUUAAGUAAGGGAAAAAAGGGUAGGACGAAAGGUAAAGCUACAAAGGGCAAACAGAAUAGUGAGACUCCUGAGAGAUCGACCUCGCGUACGAGUUCAGAAGAUGCUCAGAUUAAAGGUAUGAAUCAAAAAUUACAAAAAGAUUUAAUUAAAAAAUUCAAAAAGGGUGAAUAUAAUAUAUUAGUCGCAACGUCUAUCGGUGAAGAAGGUUUGGAUAUUGGUGAAGUUGAUUUGAUUGUCUGUUAUGACUCCACCAGUUCUCCGAUUAAGAAUAUUCAAAGAAUGGGUAGAACAGGUCGUAAAAGAGACGGUAAGGUACUCUUGUUAUUUGCUGGAAACGAAGAACUGAAAUUUGAUAAGGCAAUGGCUGGAUAUGAAUUUAUUCAACAGCAUAUAAUGAAUGGUAGGCUAAUCACGUUAGCUCAAAGUAAUCGCAUAAUACCGAAAAGUUAUAAACCAAUAGUUGAAAAGAAGUUUAUUGAAAUUCCUGAAGAAAAUACAGAAAUUAAGGCUGAAGAAGAUGAGGAUGAAAUUAUAAGAAUUGCUACACUGUAUAUGAAUAAUAAAGGCAAAAAAGUGACCAAGUCCAAAUCCAAGUCUAAGUCUAACUCCAAAUCUAAAAAAAUUGAAAAGAGGUUUUUCAUGCCUGAUAACGUUACUACUGGUUUUCAAAAUGUUACUAGUAUGGUUAGAAAGGCAGAUAGUGAUAAAUCAGUGGCAGACAAAAGAAGAGAAAAAGAUCUCUUAGAUAAGCUUUUAGAUUCGGAUACUGAAGAUGAAUUAUUAAUUCAAAGUAAAAAGUCACCUGUAAAAGAGAAUCAAAGCAAGAGACCUAACUCGGAGCAUAUAUGUGAAGAGGACUCUAGGCAAGAAACUGAAAAUAAUAGCAAUGAGUCAAAUGGUAGCUUUGAGAAUGAAAAUGAUCAAAAUAAAGAAAGUGGGGUUUCAUAUCCAUUAUCUUAUCGUCAAACUCCUCCUAAGUUAGGAAUAAGACGAUUAUCGCCCCAGGUUAGUAUGAAUAUAAACCUUGAUGCCCCAGUGGCGACUGAAGAAGCUGCACCAUUGGUAACAGGAAAACUGACUCUGCCGCCUGAAAAUGUGGCUGAAAAGAGAAAUUCACCAAUUCUAAAUUCAAGCAACCGGGAAUGUGCACCUAAACAAAAAACCUUGGGUUUAAAAAGAAGGAAAGCUAAUAGUAUCACCGAUCAACUUAAGCGACACUAUAGUAGAGUAAUUAAACCUAAUACAGCCUAUCGAACAAUUACGGUCAGUGAUGAUGAAAAACUGGUCGAGGAUAGCAUAAACAAUCAGCAAUUGCAUAAAAAUAAGAAUUUAGGGUCCACUUCAGAUGAUGAUGAUGCAUUUGAUGAGGGAGACGUAUUUGAUGAUGGUAUGGACGAUGAGCUAGCGUUGAUCGCGAACGACAAACUAUCUUCCUUUGAACGGUCAUUAUCGCCAAACCUUCCAGCGCAAAAUAAUGCUUCGGACGAAGUAUAUAAACAUGAAUUCUCCCCGGGAGAAGGCGUUUUGAACCAAGAACAAAUGCUAGAACUCUACACCUCGUAUUUUUCUCUUUUAGAUCCUGCUGAUAGAGUUGAUUUUUACGAUCCCUUGAACUUCAAUCAAAAGCCAAAUACAUCAAUAAAUCAUCGUGGACGAAUUGGCCACAGUCAAGUCUCUAGAAGGCUACUUCAAUCUUCAAAAUUCAUAGGGUCAGUAUCUACUACAACUGCCAAAAACAUCGUGAAACGUUACGCCCAAACCUACAAUACAACAAAUCAUCAACAUAAUAUGCAUAUUGUUCAAGAAAUAACGAAUUCCAGCUCUAAAUAA